GACUAUAAUAGAUAGAUCUACAUUGUGUCAAAUUAGACUUUUUUUUUAUAUUUUACACAGUGAUAAUAUCUAAAAUGCAAUCAAGGUUUAAGUUAUUGAUUGUAACAUUAAUAUUAAGUUUCACUACGGUAACUUUAGAUCUAGUAGAUAAUCAUAAUGAUGAUUUGAAUGAUUACGAUCAAUAUAAAUAUGAUCAUGAUGAUGAUGAAACCCACCAAUAUUAUGAAUAUGAAGAUCCAGAUGUAAAUCUGGUUAAAACAGGUCAGUCUAUUGUAGACAAGUUUAUUUAUGAUGCUGGUGAAUCCUUCAACAUAACUUGUGAUGUCAGUACAUUUUCUGGACUCCCAGCUUCCGACUUUUUACAGUCCAUUGCACUACUGCGUCAAACAUCUGAAAAGGAAUAUUAUGUAAUUGCUCAACAUCAGCCCUUUAUUCCAGAGCCCUAUACAAAUAUAAUAGAUCUUCCAGAUCAGUGGACAGUUCGAUUUAGUGGGGAAAAGUCAUCAACCAACAGAAACUUAAUGAGACUUAUUGUAACAGUUCAAAACUUUCAAUUCGCUGAUGCUGGUCAAUAUAAAUGUAGAGCAACACUACCAGACGCAACUCAAUUUAAUAAUACAGCUGUCCACAUAAUAGUCGAAAGUCAUUCUAUUGUAGACAAGUUUAUUUAUGAAGUUGGUGAAUCCUUCAACAUAACUUGUGAUGUCAGUAAAUUUUCUGGACUCCCAGCUUCUGACUAUUUACAGUCCAUAGCACUACUGCGUCAAACAUCUCUGAGGGAAUUCUACGUAAUCGCUCAACAUCAGCCGUUUAGAGCAGAGCCCAACACACAUAAAAUUGAUCUGCCAUAUCGGUGGAUUGCCCUAUUUAGAGGGGACAAGUCAGCAACCAACAGAUACUCAAUGAGAAUUGUUGUAACAGUUAAAAACUUUCAAUUUGCUGAUGCUGGUGAAUAUAAAUGUGGAGCUACAGUAACAGACUCAACUCAAUUUUAUAGUACAGCUGUCAAAAUAAUUGCAGAAAGUCAGUCUAUUGUAGACAAGUUUUUUUAUGAUGUUGGUGAAUCCUUCAACAUAACUUGUGAUGUCAGUAAAUUUUCUGGACUCCCAGCUUCCGACUUUUUACAGUCCAUAGCACUACUGCGUCAAACAUCCCAAAAGGAAUUCUAUGUAAUCGCUCAGCAUCAGUUAUUUAGAGCAGAGCGCAACACACAUAAAAUUAAACUUCCAGAUCGGUGGCUAGCGGACUGCAGUUGGCAAUUAUCAGCAAAUAACGGAUACAAAAUGAGAAUUAUGGUAACGGUUCAAAACUUUCAAUUCGCUGAUGCUGGUCAAUAUAAAUGUAGAGCUACAUUACGAGACUUAACUCAAUUUAAUAGUACAGCUGUCAACAUAAUGGCAAAAGGUCUGUCUAUUGUAGACAAGUUUAUUUAUUAUGUUGGUGAAUCCUUCAACAUAACUUGUGAUGUUAGUAAAUUUUCUGGACUCCCAGCUUCAAACUAUGUACAGUCCAUUGCACUACUGCGUCAAACAUCUCUGAGGGAAUACUAUGUUAUAGCUCAACAUCUGCCCUUUAUUCCAGAGCCCGAUACAAAUAUAAUAGAUCUUCCAGAUCAUUGGACAGUUCAAUUUAGUGGGGAAAUGUCAGUUACAAACAGAAACUCAAUGAGAAUUGUUGUAACAGUUCAAAACUUUCAAUUUGCUGAUGCUGGUCAAUAUAAAUGUAGAACAACAUUACCAGACGCAACUCAGUUGUAUAGUACAGCUGUCCACAUAAUGGCUAAAAGUCUGUCUAUUGUAGACAAGUUUAUUUAUUAUGUUGGUGAAUCCUUCAACAUAACUUGUGAUGUUAGUAAAUUUUCUGGACUCCCGGCUUCAAACUAUUUAAAGUCCAUAGCACUACUGCGUCAAACAUCUCAAAAGGAAUUCUAUGUAAUCGCUCAACAUCAGCCGUUUAGAGCAGAGCCCAACACACAUAAAAUAGAUCUUCCAGAACAGUGGACAGUUCGUUUCAGUGGGGACAAGUCAGCAACCAACAGAUACUCAAUGAGAAUUGUUGUAACCGUUAAAAACUUUCAAUUCGCUGAUGCUGGUCAAUAUAAAUGUAGAGCUACACUACGAGACUCAUCUCAAUUUAAUAGUACAGCUGUCAACUUAAUGGCAGAAAAUAAACCCAAGAAUAUUCCAGGUUCAGUUUUCAACUUCAAGCCUCAGAAGCCACUAAAAGAUAACAAUUAUUUCUCAGUAGAUGGAACUGAGAGGGUCAUAGCUUACUUUAGUCGGAGCUCGUCCAAAGCCGAGGACAGCUACCCGCUUCCUAGGAUUGACAACACAUUGAGCACACUUACUGGUGUCAGAAGUGGGAUAGCAUCGGAAUCGGAUUGGAUCGGAUCUAUUAUGGCUCGUCUGAAACUGCUGUACGAACUUGAAUUUAGAGAACUGAAGCAAGAACUCCGUGAUCGAGAUCUGAAAACGAGCGGAAAUAAAGAAACCUUUUUGUAUCGGACACCACUGAGUCCACCUAGCUCUCAUGGGCAACUGACAUCUGUUGUGCUGGCGACAAGACACACUUUUUAACCGUGGCCACAGAAACAUGUGACAUUUAUAUCACCUGCACCAUAGAUCGCAAAGUCUGAGAGAGGGGGACAUGUGUUUUUUAUUUAAUUCAAACACGUUAGUUAUAACUAUUCAAUGCAAAAUAAAAAAAAGUACAGCUGCUUCAAAA